AUGGAUGAAGGAAACGAUUUCCACCAGGGCGCAAGUCCUGGACACCAUCCGGCAUUACCACACCGCCGUGAUGAGGCAGCAUUGGUCUCGCUGGACGAUAGACUACUACGCCAAUCCAAGGAGUUAGCCUGGAUGGCUUCAGAGAACAGAGCCCUCCAAAAGCAAAGUGCUGCACUCAUGGUCAUUUUGACCGGCUGGGAUACGAGCAUGUCGCCCUCCGAACGGCUCUUCAUGGUCAAUUGGAUGCUCGAGCAGAUCACCCACGUCCAGGCCUUCUUGCAGCAGAGGGGGUGGGCCAACUUCGACGGCGAGUACAAGUACCUCAAUGUCCUCUCUGCAGACCCGUCUACUCCGCCGGCAGGGGCACAGAAGUGGAGCUCGGUCACGCUACUCAGCUUCAAAUCCUGGGACCUGAGAAAGGCGUUCAUGGAGGCAUAUGGUGGCACUCAGGGUACCCCACUGUACAAGGAUGCGCGCACUCCAGUACCCCGCCACCAUAUCAGGGCUACACCUUCGAGCCCCCAAUUCCAACGAAAGUUGGAAAUUCCAAUCCGAGUACUCCUCCAAGCCCUCAACCUCAAGGAGGAGGCAGCAAAGGGCACGGGCAAGGGGAUGCUUGCUGGAAAGGGGUCCCGUCACUGGACGGCCCCGAUGAUCUACUCCGCCAGCUCGAUGCCUUACCCGAUCGACCUCGAGAUCAGACUGGUGUCCCAAGUGGCCUACGUUUGGGAUGAGUAUUGUGAUAAGUUUGGCGAAAACAGCCGCAAAUGCGGCGACUACCGCCAGGCUACUUUUUCCGGAGCCCCGGUUGCGGCUACUCCGCUUCUCACGGCCCCCACGGCCUGA